UCUCCACCUCCUUCCUCCUCGAUGGAGUCAUCCCGGAGCGGCUGGUUCCGGUUCACCAGGUGUGCUCUGCUCGAAGGCGGCGGCAGCAGCAGGUUUUUUGGGGUGGGGGUGGGGUCGUCAGCCUCGGUCAGAGCCGAUUUGAGACGCGGAUUGGCUCCUCUCAGCCCGACGGGGGGGCUCCAGGCUCCACCUCUCCUCCGGAGUCCUGCCUGCGCUGCGCUUGUUGCGGGGAGCGCGCAGGGUUCGUGCGCUCUCGGGUUACGCGCGUGAAGUUGUGGACACAUCGAAGACAACCCGGACACUUAAAGAGGAAGUGGCACCGGAGAGGGCUGCCUUUAAACCUCGGACAGCGGCUGAGGAGUGUGCGUGCGUGUGUGUGUGUGUGUGUGUGUGGGGGGGGGGAAAACCCCAAAAAGAAGGUAAAAGGAGUUUGUGGCAUUUAAUUGAGAGACCAAGCUCACCCAACAGUAUGCGGUGCAGCGAUGGCAGGCACCGGUAAGACCGUCGUGAGGACGCUGGAGGAUCUAACGCUCGACUCGGGUUAUGGUGGCGCCGCGGACUCGGUCAGGUCGUCCAGCGUGUCGCUGUGCUGCUCCGACGCGCCUCAGUCCAUCGCGCACGGGGGCAACGGCUGGCAUCUGACGGAAUCCAUGCACAGCCGGCAGAACAGCUUGGACACGGUCAACACCGUGCUGGCGGAGGACACGGAGACGCUGGAGUGCUCGGGUCAGUGCGCCAGGCUCACCGAGCUGGAGGACGUGCCAUGGAGCCUCGGCGAGGUGGAGGGCGCACUGAGGAAAGACGAGGAGCUGAUGGUGGGCGACCCUCCGCCGGAGGUGCUGGCGCGGCUCUCGGCGCUCAUCGGCCGCGCGCUGGUGAGGGUGGCCCGGGAGGCGCAGCGGCUGAGCCUGCGCUACGCCCGGUGCACCAAGCACGAGAUCCAGAGCGCCAUCAAGGUGGUGCUCUCGUGGACCAUCUCCGUGAACUGCAUCGCGGCGGCCCUCAGCGCGCUGUCCCUCUACAACAUGAGCACCGGGGACAAGUUCAGCCGGGGCAAGUCGGCGCGCUGCGGGCUGGUGUUCUCCGUGGGGAAGUUCUUCAGGUGGAUGGUGGAUAGUCGGGUGGCGCUCAGGAUCCACGAGCACGCCGCCAUCUACCUCACCGCGUGCGUGGAGAGUCUGUUCAGAGAGGUGUUCAGGCGCGUCCUGCGCAGCGCGCUCGUGGAGAGGGACAACGGGAUCCCCAAGUUCACGCUGGAGUCACUGGAGCAAGCCAUCAACAGCGACUCGGAGAUCUGGGGUCUGCUGCAGCCCUACCAGCACCUCAUCUGUGGGAAGAACUCAAGUGGUGUGCUGAGCCUGCCGGAGAGUCUGAACCUGCACCGGGACCAGCAGCGCUCGGGGCGGGGGGGCGAGGCUCAGGCGUACACGCAGGCCGAGCUGCGCACGCUGGAGCAGUCGCUGCUCGCCACCCGGGUGGGCAGCAUCGCCGAGCUGAGUGAUCUCGUCUCCCGGGCGAUGCACCACCUCCAGCCCCUGCACAUCAAGAACCCCAGCAACGGGACUCCAGUCCACCAGAAGACCACCAACACCGCGGUGCACUGGGAGCCCGAGGCCCUCUACACCCUGUGUUACUUCAUGCACUGUCCACAGAUGGAGUGGGAGAACCCCAACGUUGAGCCCUCCAAAGUCAGCUUACAGACUGAGAGGCCGUUCCUGGUACUGCCUCCGCUGAUGGAGUGGAUCCGGGUGGCGGUGGCCCACACUGAGCAUCGACGGAGCUUCUCCGUGGACAGCGACGACGUGAGGCAGGCCGCCAGGCUGCUGCUCCCCGGUGUGGACUGUGAACCCCGACAAAUAAAAGCGGAGGAUUGUUUCUGUGCCGCCAGGAAGCUGGACGCCGCCUCCACAGAGGCCAAGUUCCUGCAGGAUCUGGGCUUCAGGAUGCUCAACUGCGGGCGGACGGACCUCGUCAAGCAGGCCGUGAACCUGCUGGGGCCCGACGGCAUCAACAGCAUGAGCGAACAGGGAAUGACCCCUCUCAUGUACGCCUGCGUGCGCGGCGACGAGGCCAUGGUCCAGAUGCUGCUCGACGCCGGCGCCGACAUCAACAGCGAGGUGCCAAGCACAGUAAACAAGCACCCCUCAGUUUACCCCGAAACGCGCCAUGGGACGCCACUCACGUUCGCCGUGUUGCACGGACACGUGCCUGUCGUGCAGUUGUUGCUGGAUAACAGAGGGAACGUGGAGGGCGCCCUGCAGGAUGGGGCGGAGAACUACACGGAGACCCCGCUUCAGCUGGCCUCCGCUGCAGGUAACUUUGAGCUGGUGAGCUUGCUUCUGGAGAGGGGGGCCGACCCCAUGAUCGGGACCAUGUGUCGGAACGGCAUCUCCUCGGCACCGCUGGGAGACAUGAACUCAUUCAGCCUGGCAGCAGCACACGGCCACAGGAACGUGUUCCGGAAGCUCCUGUCCCAGUCGGAGCAGGAAAAGGGGGACGUCCUGUCCCUGGAGGAGAUCCUGGCCGAGAGCACGGAUCCCGGGGAGAAGAGGUCGGCGCCGCAGGCCAACGGCGGGGGGACGCUGCGAACAGGAAAGGCCAAACUGAGGGCCCUGAGAGAGGCCAUGUACCAUAGCGCAGAGCACGGCCAUGUGGACAUCACCAUAGACAUCCGCAGCUUAGGCGUUCCCUGGACGCUGCACACCUGGCUGGAGUCCCUGCGCACCUGCUUCAUGCAGCACCGCCGGCCGCUGAUCCAGGGCCUGCUCAAGGACUUCAGCUGCAUCCAGGAGGAGGAGUACACGGAGGAGCUCAUCACGCACGGCCUGCCGCUCAUGUUCCAGAUCCUCCGCUCCAGCAAGAACGAGGUGAUAAGCCAGCAGCUGUCAGUCAUCUUCACCCAGUGCUACGGGCCCUUCCCCAUCCCCAAGCUCACGGAGAUCAAGAGGAAGCAGACCUCGCGCUUAGACCCCCACUUCCUGAACAACAAGGACAUGUCUGACGUCACUUUCCUGGUGGAGGGGAAACCGUUUUAUGCACAUAAAGUGUUGCUGUUUACAGCUUCAGCCAGGUUCAAGUCUCUCCUCCAGAACCGACCGGCAGCAGAGAACACCUGCAUCGAGAUCAGCCACGUCAAGUACAAUAUUUUCCACCUGGUCAUGCAGUAUCUGUACUGCGGAGGCACCGAGUCGCUGCACAUACGCAACACCGAAGUCAUGGAGCUCCUGUCUGCAGCCAAAUUCUUCCAACUAGAGGCCCUUCAGAGACACUGUGAGAUCAUCUGCUCCAAGAACAUCACCACGGAGACCUGCGUGGACCUCUACAAACACGCCAAGUUCCUCGGCGCCGCCGAGCUCACGGCGUUCAUCGAGGGCUACUUCCUGAAGAGCAUGGUGCUGCUCAUCGAACUCGAGGGCUUCAAGCAGCUGCUGUACGAAGCCCCUCCCGCCGCCGCCGCCUCCAGCCCCGCCUCCAGCCCCGGCAUUUGCUCCGACAUCCUCCUGGACCUGGAGAAGACUCUGGCCACGCGCAUCCACUCCAUCCACCUCUCCACCUCCAAGGGCUCGGUGGUGUGACGCCCCCCCCCCACCACCCCCACCCGUCCUGGCUCCACUGUUGAAGAGGGGCUGUCGGAUGUGUUCAUGUCAGGGAUUCCCUUUAAUUCUGCCCCCUGGGGGUCAACGUUGGCAUGUCAGAGAGAGAGAGAACUUUAAACUCAGCAGUAUCACUCAGACCUAAUCGUGCUCAUAUUGUAUUGUAUUUCAUAAUAGGACACGUGCAUGAAAUACAUCCUGUGCACCUUUUUUUUGGGGGGGGGGGGCUUAAAAAAAGGGUAGAGUAGGACUCAAUAAAAGCAGCUUUCUCAGCAUCUCUGGAUGCGAGACUUUAGGUUUACAAACUUUACGGAAGUGGACGCCAUCGCAGUGUAAAGUGUGUCAUGUGCCAACAUGUAACCCUGCUGUGCGAGUGGCGAGUAGCAAUGCAGACGGACGUCAGGUGGCCUCCUCUCUCCUCUCUGUGGGACACGUCUCACUGUGUUCUACCUACUGUGUGUGCAGAGGCCACACCGAUCACAGGCACUUCCACCCACGCUCAGUGAGAUCUAUGCCGCCGCACGCUGGAAAAACACGGAUGUCCAACUUGUUUUUUUUGGGGGGGG